UUUAUACUAUUUCAGCACGAGACAGUCAUGUGUUGAAUGUAGAUUCAUGCGCACAGUUCAGUUGAUUCAGUUCCUGCUUUUGCAGUCACUAUGGCGGUUCACGUUUGGAUCUGGUUAGUUUUUUUGCCACUGACAGAUGCAGUAUGGCCUCUUCCACAGAAGAUUACUUACUCUUCCCAUAGUUACUUGGUCAGUCCUCGGUUAUUUCGCUUUCAGUACGCUAGAGAAUCUGCUUCACAACCCGGUUGCUCCGUUUUAGACCUAGCAUUUGUAAGGUAUUUCCGAAUCACAUUUCCAGGAAGCAGCGUUACAGACUCAGAUCAGAAGUAUAGUCCUUCACAUGUUGAUGCCCUUCAAGUGAUUACUGCUGAUUCCGACUGCGAUGGCUAUCCCAUCCUGGAGUCUUCUGAAGAUUAUAUGCUGGAAAUUAAUGAAGGCAUUUCAACACUGUCUGCCGAUACUGUUUGGGGAGCUCUUAGAGGUUUGGAGACCUUCAGUCAACUUGUGUAUAGGACAGAUGAUGGAUCUUAUUACAUCAACAAGAGCAGCAUUGUAGACUUCCCUCGUUUCCAUCAUAGGGGUCUUCUGUUAGACACAUCCCGACAUUACCUGCCAUUGAAAGCCAUUUUUGAAACUUUGGAUGCUAUGGCAUAUAAUAAGUUCAAUGUGUUUCACUGGCACAUUGUGGAUGAUCCAUCCUUUCCAUAUGAGAGUUACACCUUCCCUGAUCUUAGCAGAAAGGGAGCAUACCAUCCUCAGACUCACGUGUACACUUUUCAUGAUGUAAUGAAAGUUAUAGAGUAUGGUCGACUCUGGGGUAUCAGGGUGAUACCAGAGUUUGAUACUCCAGGGCACACUGCAUCAUGGGGCAAAGGACAACCAGACUUGCUUACGCCGUGCUACAGAAAAACUGAGCCAUCAGGAAAAUAUGGACCAGUGAACCCUAUCAUGAACAGCACCUACUCCUUUAUGACUCAGAUUUUUAAAGAAGUCAGUACAGUGUUUCCAGAUUCUUUUAUUCACCUUGGUGGAGAUGAGGUGGACUUCACAUGCUGGAAGUCAAAUCCAGACAUACAGAACUUCAUGAAACAACAGGGAUUUGGCACUGAUUACAGAAAACUGGAAUCCUUUUAUAUUGAAAAACUUUUGGAUAUUGUGUCACGUUAUGGGAAAAACUACAUUGUGUGGCAAGAAGUUUUCGACAACAAAGUUAAGGUAAAACCAGACACAGUAAUCCAUGUGUGGAAAGGAACCUCCAGUCAGUACAAUGUGUCAUUGGCCAAUAUUACUGGUGCUGGGCUGAAGGCUCUGUUGUCUGCUCCCUGGUACUUGAAUGUCAUUUCUUAUGGCCAGGACUGGCGAAAUGCAUAUGAAGUGGAGCCCAUUCAUUUCAAUGGAACUGCUAAACAAAAAAAACUGGUUAUUGGAGGAGAGGCCUGCAUGUGGGGCGAAUACGUGGAUACAACCAACCUAACCCCAAGAUUAUGGCCCAGAGCUGGUGCAGUAGCGGAGAGACUUUGGAGCCAUGCUUCAGUAAGGAAUGUGAGUGAUGCGUACAUUAGACUGUCUGAGUUUCGUUGUCAGCUGCUCAGACGAGGUAUACGUGCACAGCCCCUGUUUACAGGAUAUUGUGAUCAUGAGUAUGAACGUGACUGAUAAAGAAUCAAAGAACAACAGUGUUUAAUCGCAAUACAUGAAUUUUCACAGUACCAUGAAAAUGUUGGUCUCAAAACUUGAUCGAUUACAUGUAGUUCUGGAAGAAAACAUUUCUGCAGCAAAAAUGAUGGGAUUGUUGUCUUCAUUUUAAAUGGCUGAAUUUAAACUUGGAUGUGCAAGCUACGAGUCUGACAUUUACAUAAGGAAGUGAGAUUGCCUUGUCAUUGAUGUGAUUCUCCCAUUGUGUUGAUUCAUUAAAUCUUUUUGAUUUA